UCUUAUUACUUCAAACACGGGAUUUAAUGCACAUUUCAGAUCUUUUUUACGUUAGAAUAUAUUUGAGAAAAUUAAUUUUAAAAAUCCAUUUUGCAUAUCACUCCAGGGUUUAGGGUUUUUAGCCAAUAGACUAUAUUUUGCAUAUCAUCGGAAAGUUCUCUCACGCCGGGAAAACAACUUUCACGCACGUGAAACAUUCCUCGUUCCACGCCUGAAAACGAAUUUUAAUUCGCAGCUAAUAUUUUCGUUUAGAAGGCUGCAAAAAUCUUGUCUCGACCUCAAGAAUCUAGUAGCUCCAAAACCUUGCUGUUUUUAGAUAUCUUUGAAUGGAUUGAAGCAGGAACUGUAGGUAGAGUGGUUCUGGUUGGUCGCAUUUAAAAAAAAUUCUGCUUUGGUAGGGUUUUGCCUAAUUUUCCUGGAAACUCUGCCCAUUUUUACUCAUCGGCAUCGUUGACAGCACAACACAAUCUGUGCAGAAUCUUGAGAGAUCUUUGGAUAUAAUUUUCAUUUGCAUUAUCAAAAUGGCCAAUCUAAGUGUAAAGAAGGCUAUGGCUGGAAUCAAGCGCAUAAAUUUGGAGGGCCUCAGAUGGAGAGUUUUUGACUGUAAAGAGCAGGUUCUUGGAAGAUUAGCAUCACAGAUAUCAGUUGUGUUACAGGGCAAGGACAAGCCAACCUAUGCUCCAAAUCGUGAUGAUGGUGAUAUGUGUAUUGUCCUUAAUGCAAAAGAUAUCUGUGUAACAGGGAGGAAAAUGACUGAUAAAGUUUAUCGAUGGCAUACAGGAUAUGUUGGUCAUCUGAAAGAGAGGACUUUGAAAGAUCAGAUGGCAAAGGAUCCAACGGAAGUGAUCCGUAAGGCUGUAUUUCGCAUGCUACCCAAAAAUAGGUUGCAGGAUGAUCGAGAUAGAAAGCUCAGGAUUUUUCCUGGCAGUGAACACCCGUUUAAAGACAGGCCUUUGGAGAACUUUGUUAUGCCACCACGUAAAGUGAGAGAAAUGCGUCCUCGAGUAAGACGAGCAAUGAUUCGAGCUCAGAAAAAAGUUGAACAGAAUGAUGCUGUCAAACAAGAAGUGGAAAAGGAAUUAAACUGAGAUAUUAUACUGCACAUCAACUAGCAAAAUCGUACGAAAUGUGAUGCUGCAUAUUUGAAUUCUCUUUAAUGCAGUGUCAUAAUUGUGCAAAUUAGGAUGGAGAGUGUAUGCUCAACAGUGGAAUUCAUUUCUUACAUUCUGGUUUUGUUGUUUAUGGACUGCUUUCAAAACUUGAUUUCAAAUCUAGACAUGACAUCCUACUUAUGGAAUUUGCGUGCAAUCAAGUCUGAUUUGAAUUCUUGAUCUCUCAAAUUCGCUCAGGCCAGCUGGUCUGACCCACCACGUGCUCCUUAUUGGUGAAAUUCGCUUGGGGAUGGAGUGCAUUUGAUAUCAAAUGAGGAAUCUAAUCUUUAUUUUA